AUGGCAAAAAAUUUGUCAUUGAAAGAAGAAUUUGAAUAUAGAGAUGCUCGCUGCAUUAGAGCAGAACCAUAUUGGCGGGCACGCGCCAGGUGUCAAUCUUUAGGUCUUUCCUGCAUAGGUACAAGAGAAGAGCUGAUUCGUAGAUUUGAGCUUUUUUCAUUCAACUCAGAAAAUGUAGUCAAUAAGUUAUCCCCAGAAGAAUUAGAAAAAUUAAGCGACACCCCACUAGAACGCUUCGCCUCCUCGUCUUGGCUGACAACUGCAAUUCAACUUGUCAAUGACGCCUCUCCACAGAUGAACACCAAAUUACCUUGAAAAGUUGUCCCAGAAAUUAGCUAUAGUUCCUAAGCCUAUUUCGAUUGCAUAAAAAAACAAAAAUUUUCUGUUUUCGACCAAAAAAAAAUAGCCUGAUUUAUUAAUAAAUAGCCUAUAGUCAUGGAUAAGAUAUACAUGAAUAAAAAAAUUGCUUCUGAUGACGUCUUAAAAGCAAUUGGCGCUUUGAUGAGGCCCACUUUUUGCUUUUACAAUCAUAUUGUGGAUAAUAAGCUAGCUGAGCGGCUGGUCGCUUUAAUUUUUCUCCCAUACACCUGCGAUUUCGCCUCACAAGCUCCUGAAAGCAUUAUCAGACAUCUGGCAGCCGCUUUAGGACUCACGUGUAAGCUGGACCACAAAGAGCUUCAACAAGCAGUCGAAAGGCAAAAAUUGUUAUAUCAGUCCUCUAUGAAUUUCCAUAAAUAAAAUCAUAUAAAUUAGCUUAUAUAGUUAUGAGGAAAUGGUAUAGAAAUGAUCUACACUGUUUUAGACAGUGAAGCUCUGCAUGGUGUCACAUUUUGCCAAACUCAUUUUUCCUUAUGCCGAUAUCCUGCAUCUUCUUUAUGCACCAACUUCAUGUGCUCGAUCUGCUGUGGGCUGCAUCAACAACGAGUUCCGUGCCACAUACAUGAUCGGCCAGUUCAAUUUUUCAGAUACCGGCUACGAAGCUUAUAUGAAUUCGAAGAAAAUAUGGACCGCUCCCUUACGCUUCGUCUGUUUAUACCACAAUCUAUUAUUUUCCGCUAUAUUUUUCUAUAUAAAAUAGGUUUUUUUACUCCAAAAAAAAUAGGCGAAUUUAUUUUUUAAAAAAAUAUUAAAGAUCCUUUACGAAAAAUCCAGCUUUACCGAGUUUUUGAAGGAUAUGCAGUCAGAUGGGAUAGGAUUCAAGUAUGGCACAAUCCUUCCACCCAUAGAAUUCAAUACAUUUAUUUAACUUUUUUAACCCAGGAAGACGCCAGAGCCACCUAUCUUUCUAGAAGAGAACUUAUUAAGAAAACUGACCUGCGUUUUAGAAUUGAAAAUCUCCCUGAAAAUCUUCAAGAGCUGCAGAAGCGCUAUCGAAAUCGUGGAAUAAAUCCUGACCGGGUCCUUGUGAUCAUAGACCCUUGCUUGCGAAAAACAAAGCCUCUGAUUCCUCCUAAGCACCAAGUUAUACCUGAAAUUAUUCACUUGGCGGCUUCAAUAACUGGGCUUCAUGCUUCAAUGAUCCAUGCAGAGGCAUCUCAAAGCCCUUUAAGUGAUAUCCCUAUAUCUCAUGAUUAUUCUAUUUACUACAAAAAAUUAUUGUUUUAUUAUAAAUAGGUAUAACUUCUCUGUGCGUGAAUUUUAUUUGGAAUUUCCAUCAGCUGACUCAUGCCAAACUUUUUUCAACGCUCAACCUUACUUCCAAUUCUUAUUCUUUUCAGCUUUAUUUACCAUAUUAAUUUUUUUUUUUUUAAAAAUAUUUUUAUAUAUAAGGCAAUUCAGAUUAAUUUCUCAUAAACUUUCUCACUUAAUCCCGUGUCCAUUUUUAAAGCCACCGAGCCUCUGCUUACAGUGUACACGGCCUAAAGAAUGUAAUAAUGAUCUAUGUGCUGAUUGCUGUUCACGGUUUUCCUCAAACCCUUUGUACUGUUGCAGUACGGCGCAUUCAUCAUAUUCGUCACCACCAAUUUUGACAGUAUCAUUGCAGAAUAGAAGGCUGCUUGAUAUGAACCCAGGGACGAUGAUACGAAAAAUCCCUGAAAAAGUUGGAAAAUUCCAUAUGAUGAUUCGCCAUAUGCUGGACGAAGGAAUUUAUACGUGGUACAGGCCUAGGUUCUAUUUAGGAGCUGAAACAAUGAAAGGUGCAAACCAAGAGCUGCAAGUCGUAUUAGACUCUGGACUGCCAAGAAAUACUAUACUUCUCUAUAGUGAAUUUUUAUUUAUUUUUUUUUAAAAAUAUUUUUCAUUUUUACAUAUAAUUUUGUAUAUAAGCCAAAACUCUGCGUUAAAAAAAGAAGGGAAAAUUUUUAAUUUUUUGUCGUCACAGCCUCUUAUAUCGAAUCUUGAAGGUAAACAGCUGACAGAAGGAAUGGACCAUGCAGGAAAUACAUUUUUAGAGUAUGCGUAUCAUCCAAUAGUGGAGUCAGAUAUAAGCCAUAAUUAUGAUAAAGCUGAAUAUGAAGAAAAUUCUUAUACUAGGCAAGAUUUUAUAGAUGAUACUACACAUAUUGGGUAUAACCUCAGAAAUUCUUUUCAUUUCUUUUUAGCAGGGCUAGACUCAUAUAAAAAAGGACUAAAAGAGCUAGUUGCCAAAGAAAUCAGAAAUAAAUUAGGCAGGAUCAAUAUUGAAGAUAUGAUUCUUAUAGACAAAGAUAGUUUAUACUAUUUAAAAUGAUAAUAAUUUUUAAUAUAAAUUUUUAUUUAUAAAUUUCAAAUAAAAAUUAUUAAGGAUUGGCUUUAUAGGAGUUUUAUACUUGCAAAUAUGCUUCUUAUGGAUAUUUCUGCAGAAAAUAAUAUAGAAAGCUACCAUAGAAUUAUGUGUGUAAAGCUUGCUAAUGAAACUGAUGCAAUUAAAUUAAUUUUAGGAGAAGUCAAUUUAGUGCUACCUCUAAGCAAUGGACAUGUAGGCUCACCGAUUGUGGUACCGUCUGCUGAGCUAUGCCAGUUUAUCCAUACACAAUAUGAAGAAUAUAUGAGAAAUCCUGCCCAUUCUAUACCUUCUGAAUCAAUGAAUCCUGACAAAGUCCCACAAAUUUCAAAGCAACAGCAGCAGCCUAAGCGUAGAUAA